AGAUUGUUCAUUCCACACCAUAAACAACAACAAACACGCACACAAGAUUAACAAACACAACGGGUCUUCAAGAGAAAAGAAAUGGCUGCAUCAGCUCCGAUCAUCAAACCAAUUUUCUUGUCUAUAAUUCUUGCAAUUUCGGUUGCAUUCUUUUCAUCAUCACCUUCAUUGUCCCAAUCUCUGCCCGUCGGUGAUUUCCAAGAGUUUUGUGGGCAUGCAAAUCAGGCAGCAUAUUGCAUCAAAACCAUUGACGAAUACACAGCUCAACCAAUCCUCAAAGUAAAUGACCAGGGCUGGUUACAAAUCCUCAAGCUCAAAGCCUUGUCGUUGCUCUCGUCGACCAUAACCGGCAUCGACAACGCGAUCCAGGUUGGCCCUCCAACUGUUGUACUGGAUGCACUCACAUUUUGCAAAUCUGUUGCUAUAAACACUACAAUUUCGUACUUAUCACCCUUGGAUUUUACGGUUAUAAGUCAUGAUCAGUACAUUAAGUAUCAGCUUGAAUCCGCAUCCGCUUAUACUUCUUUUGUCUAUUGCAUAAACUACUUUAACAGAAUAUUUCCGGUUCAAAAUCCAGUUGGUGUAUUGAUAGAUCAGACUUACGAAACCCUCAAGCUGCUUUUAGAAUGUGUCAAUAUUUAUCAGUGUAAACAAAAAAGUUCUUGUUUGUAAUCAAUAUUCCAAUAUCAAUC